UUUAACAGUGUUAGCGAAACAUUAGCUGCGGAGUCAAAACACUAAAGCACACUGGUGACUGGCUUGUUGCGAACAUAAUCUUGUUAUCGAACAUGAAUCACCCUUCGAUGAAAUUUUUAGAAAAAAGAAAAACGUGAAUCACCGCUAUACAGAGUAUGUAAUUUCUCCCACUUCGCUUCGUGUUUGCGGUAAUGGAUUAGAUUACAGAGAAGGGCUCACUGCGGAAAACACUGCGAUUCUCCUUUUAACUCGAUGCGAUGGGGUCGAUACGAAUGAUAGCUAACAAUUGCUUACUUUCAUUUCACUUUCGUCCGCGCUCAAAGCAGAUAUAGCGGUUAACUUUACAGAUGGAAUGUUCAGAGGAAUCUACUAUGGCAAGCAGCACCAUGUAGCCGACGUAGCAACUGUGCUAAGCCGAGCUUGGAGCGCUGGUGUUGAUAGAAUAAUUGUGACUGGUGGGUCCCUUGAGGGGUCGAAAGAAGCUCUGACCAUUGCAGAGACUGAUGGAAGGCUCUUUUGUACAGUUGGGGUCCAUCCUACAAGAUGCAAGUUUUUUAUAUUUAUGUAUAUUCAGGAGUUUGAAGAAAGUGCAGAUCCAGAGCAGCAUUUUCAAGCUCUUUUGUCAUUGGCCCAAGAGGGUAUUCAGAAAGGGAAGGUGGUGGCAAUUGGUGAGUGUGGAUUGGAUUAUGAUAGGCUUCACUUUUGUCCAGCAGAGAUUCAGAAGAAAUAUUUUGAGAAGCAGUUUGAAUUAGCACAUGCUACAAAGCUGCCUAUGUUUCUACAUAUGCGUGCAGCUGCUGAAGAUUUCUGUGAGAUUGUGGAGCGCAACAGGGACAAAUUCAGUGCUGGGGUCACUCACUCGUUUACUGGCAAUACAGAAGAUUGUGAUAAACUUCUCUCCUUCAAUAAUAUGUACAUAGGUGUAAAUGGUUGCUCAUUGAAGACGACUGAGAACCUUGAUGUUGUGAAGGGUAUUCCUGUUGAGAGAAUGAUGGUUGAGACAGAUUCUCCAUAUUGUGAAAUAAAAAACACUCAUGCGGGGAUUAAAUUCAUUAAAUCUUUGUGGCCCUCAAAGAAGAAAGAGAAGUAUGAUCAGAACUGCAUUGUCAAAGGCCGGAAUGAGCCUUGUUUGGUUCGGCAAGUUCUUGAGGUUGUGGCUGGCUGUAAAGGUAUCACUGAUGUAGAUCAAAUGAGCAAGACAAUUUAUCACAACACCUGUAGGGUCUUCUUUCCCCAUGACUUGGAUACCGCUGCAGAUGCUCUUCUUGCUGGUCGUCACGAUUGGUAGUGAAGUUCUCAUGAUUGUUCCUUAAAGCAGAUUUUCUUACUGGAGCUGGAGAUCCUCCAGCCCUUCUCUUAUUGUGGGGAAGUGGAAACCAUGAGUGAUGCCUCGUCAUUUAAGGAUUUUGGCGUUGUAAUGGAAAUAAAGCAUGAGAGUUGAAUGGUUGGUGGUUAAUCUCACUAUGAAGUUGAUUGCACAACUGCCUCAGGCUCCAGACUGCGAGUUUCCCUUCUCCUCUUUUACUUUUUUUUCUCAUGUCAUUGAAUUCCUUAAAUUUCACUUGUACAACUGACGAAAUAGACCGAACUGCACCUUCUGCUUUGCUUUGAAUGACAAAUUCGAAAGCGUUCUCAUUA